AUGGACGAUGUUGGGAUGGGCACUGGAAGCCCAGUAAACAUGGGCGAUGGUGGGAUGGGCACUGGGAGCCCAGUAAACAUGGACGAUGUUGGAAUGGGCAAUGGGAGCCCAGUAAACAUGGGCGAUGGUGGGAUGGGCACUGGGAGCCCAGCAAACAUGGGCGAUGGUUGGAUGGGCACUGGGAUCCCAGUAAACAUGGACGAUGGUGGGAUGGGCACUGGGAGCCCAGUAAACAUGGACGAUGGUGGGAUGGGCACUGGGAGCCCAGUAAACAUGGACAAUGGUGGGAUGGGCACUGGGAGCCCAGUAAACAUGGGUGAUGGUGGGAUGAGCACUGGAAGCCCAGUAAACGUGGGUGAUGGUUGGAUGGGCACUGGGAGCUCAGUAAACAUGGACAAUGGUGGGAUGGGCACUGGGAGCCCAGUAAACAUGGGCGAUGGUUGGAUUGGCACUGGGGGCUCAGUGGGCUGGCAUCACAAACAGUGUGGGGGGUCUGGUAUUUUGAGGGUGUGUAAAAAAAUGUGGGUCUUGGAGCUACAAAUGGGGUAUGUGAAUUUUUCUCUGUUAUGA